GUGCGUGGGGGUCAGGUUUGCCGGGGGACGCGGGGCUGCGUGUGCAGCGAGGUUCCCUGACGGGGACUGGGCAGAGGAAACGGGGCCUGUUCGCGAGCUGCCAUUGCUGAGGGCCGCGUUCGGCACUGCCUGCCCACACCGUUUGUUUUUGCCUUUCAGUGAGCUGGGGUCUUGGGAGUAAUUCCCUGCCUUUCAGCGCCUCUCCCAGUAAACCAACACACCCAGGAGACUUGAGUGUGAAGAGGUGAUAAAAAUCGGCAGGGAAAUGCUGAAGGGAAGGUGGAAAGUGUUGAAGAAAAAAAUGUUCAAAUGGUUGAAAAAACAGCUUGCAGGCCAAAUCCAAAUAAUUGAAAUAAGAGCCUGCAUGCCAAAUCCUGCCUCAUCUGAGGGGCAGCCUUUGUACCUUAAUGUAUGCUUCGAUGCUGCACUUGAGUAUGUGCCUGUCUUUAUGUGAGCCUGUAGUUCUGCUGGAGCAUUCAGGUUUAAAAGUUAAGCAUGUAUUCAUUAAUUGCAGGUUCCUAGUUUGCUUUUUUAAUGGUGUAGUGGCAUUUGGAAGGAAAUGUUUUAAAUAAUGAUGAAAUGUUUUACUUGAAAACAUUCAGACCACAUGUGAAUGCCUUCAAUAGACAGUGCUUUCAUUGAAGAGGAAACAGAAAUUAGUGCCUGCCUGGCUAAAGAAGGUUUGUUGUGGUGAGCUGUGCCACAUUUUGAAUAACAGAAAUAAAAAUGCAUGACUGAGAGGAGUGGAGAAGAAGGUAUUCUUUCAGGCCUACCAAUUUGAGAGAUGUAAUAGAAGUUAUUAUUAGGAGAGUGUUUACAUUAUUGAUGUGUGCAAAAAAUAAAAAACAGAAAAAUAAAAAGAACAGCAUUUAGUUGAGAUCCAGUAAAAAAUAGGAAAAACAAAUGAGCUGAAUGGAACAAGAGAAAAAGUAGAAAUAGUAGGGACUAGACACUCUUUUGAUUAGAAAAUCCAAAUGAAAUUACAGAAAUAUAUUGAUACCAUCAUUUUGCAAGUGAGUGCUAUCCAACAACAUGCUGUUUGUCCUUGCUCAACUCUGGUGUCCCUUUUAGAAUUGCCUCAUCCUGCUACUACCACCGUGGUGGAUCUCCUGAUAAAUACUGCACUAUUGCAUUUACAGGAUUGUGACAAAUACUAGGAAUGAAACAUGGAAUUCCAAAAGCAGGAAGAUACUAAGAAUGUUUCUUUAUGUUUGACCCACUAAUACAAAGACAGAACUGAGAAAUGUAAAUUUUUAACCAGUUUGGUGGCUGUAUGUGGCUUUAAGCUGUUUCAUUCUCCCUGUAGUAAUAAGAUGUCUGCUUAGCUUUGCUACGGGGAAGUGACAAGUGUUGUAAAUACUAAGUAUUGGCUCAGUCCGCUUUCCUGCUACCUGUUUCCAGAGCCAAGAGAAUUUGGAACAUCAUUUUUGCUUGCUGUUUUUGCUAGGGAGCAAGUACAACAUGGGCAGCCUCAGUUGGAUUCUUAACCCUGAAUAUCAGCAACAGAACUAGUAAUUAAGGUAUCAGUUCUCCAAAGUUUUGGGUGCCUACCCCAGAGUAGGUAGAGUUGCAACUGUACAGUUUUCAGCUGAGCUGAACACUUAAAUACACUUGAAGAGCCUGGGUUUAUCUUUCACACGUGGGACUUAAACCAGAAAGGUCUGGGUAGCCCUUCUGCCCUGUCCUUUCUCCUGCCCUGCCUCAGGGCCCACUGGCCUGCAGACUCCAGAGUGCAUUUAAACAGUAAGGGUUCCCAUGCUCUUAGAUAAUCGUUGUUAUCUUACCCUCAAUGUGCCAUACCUCUGAACUCUGACAGGAGCUCCAAAGGUUGACAGUCUGACAGACAUGGCAGUAUUUGCCUUUUACUUGUUGUCACUGUGUCACUCUUGGACUUGACUGCCCUUGUGACAGGACUGUGCUUGAGGCAUGCCUAAGGGAUCAGUUACUUUCUACUAAGGUGUUUUCUUACCAAGGUUGUUUCCCAGAGUUUCUGGUGGUGUUCAAGACGAGCCUGGAUGGGGCUUAAAACAACAUGGCCUAGUAGAAAAUGUCCUGCCCAUGGCAGUGGGGUUGGAACUAGGUGGUCUUUUAAGAUCUCUUGCAACCCAAACCUGUCUAUGAUCCUGUGAUUCUCCUUGAAUAACUCAAAACUUUCAGUCUUUUGUGACUAAAUUGCCCAAGUGUUUGAAACUAUAUUCCUGAUUUUCAUUACCAUUGAAUUCUGGGGUUUUCUGUCAUCUCUUAUUUAAUGUCAAUCCUGCCAAUAUUUUAGAUACUUUUUGCUUUUUGGAUUUCUCUGCAGCAUUCAGAUGAGCAAGCACCACUGUGUUACCCUGCCAACAGAGAAUCCUUAAAUUGAGUCAGAUGUGUUAGUGAGAAUGGUGGAUAGGACUGCUGUCUUUGUUCUGUGACUUCAGGGCAGAGUAGAAAUGCUGUUGCUUCGUGGGGUUCAUAUUAUUAAAUCUGUGACAGUUUAUAUAUGGUUUGUCCUCAAGAUGUUUUCUCUUUGCUAUGCAUUUCUGAUAUCCUUUCAUCCCAAAGGGCUAUCCAUGAGCACUACAUUGUCAGCAACAACAAAAUGUAGUGUACAAUAACAAAGCAGCAAGCUAGACUUACUUUGCUCUUAUCUUGUGCUUUUCACUCAUGUUUCCCUCCCUAGACAAAAUAGCUUGUCUGUGAAGUGGCCACUCAGUGUUCAAAGGACUUUCGUUUGUGUUUGAUUUGGGCUUUUGGAUGUUUCACCUUAAAAGUCAGUUCAAAAGGAUGUUUUUGAGCUGUGUACCUUGCAUGAAAAAUAUAAUUUUGGUUUUGCUGUCAAGCAGGAAUAUUUGUACCGUGCAAUGGAAUGAAUGAAGAUUUUGGUGUCUGCUGCAGAUUCUCGAGACCUGCUCUCUACCAGCAUGUUAUUCCACUGUGUCUCUGACACUGGUACCUUACCAUACUUUCAAGUAGCUUCUGUUUUUAUUUUGAAGCAAACUCAGCUUUGAAAGAAACUGAGUCACUUGGUACAGGCAGUGCUCCAAAAUCAUGAUCUGCAUAACUGAUUAGAACAGAAUUUAUUCCUCUUGUACCCACUUUAUUUGAUAUAAUGACCUUACAUUACUUGUUGUUUUAAUGUUGUGCUAGUAUUAACAAUAUAGAUUACAAAAUUGAAUUCAUUACUUGCAAGCAUGUGCAAUCUUAAUUUUAUAUGUGAGGGCAGUGGCCAUUAUAAACUCUGUGCAUUCAUCAACUGAAGAUCAAGUAAACCUUCAAGCAUUAUUCCUUUUUCACAUGUUCUCUCAGACCAUUCACAUUGGUACAGUAGUAAGACUGAAGAAAAACAUCUAGUGACUGUGUCAGUCAGGGCAGUGUGCAUGCACUUCCCUUUCCUUUCUCUUUGACACAGUUUUCUGCUCUCUUUUUUUUUUUUUACUCUGGCAUCUGACCAGACAGUACCUGUUAUUUUUUUAUACAAUGUUCUUUCCUUUGUGAAUUUGCCCUAAAGUUAUUGAGGCAUAUCACCAGCUUCUGAUGUUUCCAUCCUUUCCAGUAUUGAAUUGCACUUCUGAAAAGCAUACAUGAAAAAUAUGACAAUGAUUUUUACAUGCACAAAAGAUUUGCUGUUAAAUACUGCAAUAUAUAUGUUUUGUCACUCUUUAUGUUAUUUUUUUUCCUGCCUAAACAUGAAUUCUGUAUGCUUUGGAAAACAACACGGAAAUGUAUUUUGGACAGGUUUUGUCUUGAGCAGACUGUACAUCUGGUCAAAGAUCUGUAGCUCUCCUGAGAACAGCUCUUUUCCUGAAAGGGAGUGGGCUUUGAUUAUUUGUUACAUAUUGUCACCAGAAGGAUAAGGCAGCAUGUGUUAAGUUCAGCUCACUCCCAGGAAGCCCAGUUUCUGGAGCUGGGCGCCAGAUGGAAGAUCUUGCUAAUCACUGGCUGCUCCAGUGGGCUGCAGUUCAGUGGGCUUCAGUGAAUUUUAGCUAUUUUAUGUAUUUUAUAUACCAACACCUACACUGCAGGCUUGAAGAUCAUGGGUUUUUUUUUCCCCAGAGGAGGAGAGCUUCACUUUGAGAUUAGGAAUCACUGAGAAUAUAUUUAAUUACAUCAGGAUUAAUUCCAGAGUCACAGAGUACUCUGUGUUGGAAGGGACUCACAGGGACCAUCAAGUCCAAUUCUUAAAUUUAUGGCCCAUACAGGGAUCAAACCCACAGCCUUGGUGUUAUUAGCACCAUGCCCUAGCCAGCUGAUUUAAUGGGGAGAAAUACCUGCAUUUUUAAGGUAACUCCUUCAAAUUAGAAAAGUAGCAGGAAUUAAUGGCCUUCACAAGGCAUUCUGGUUUGCUUCAGAAUCUCCAUACAAGUACUUACACAAUAGAGUGGUUAUACAGGGUGGCAGCUGUAACAUGUAUUCCCUCUCAGCUGAUAGCUAAUAAUUCAUCCUAAAAUAGGAACUAUAACCUCAUACUAGUACUACCUGUCCUACUAGGGUUAAAUGAUGUCAGCCAAGUGCUACAGGUUCCUAAUUCUUUCCAGUGCUUGGCUGUAUAUACAUAUGAGCUGGUAUCUUGGUCUUUACCUUGCUUUUUUGUCUGAAUAACUAAGUUAAUAAGAUUGCUUGGAGGUUUGGGGUUUUUUUGCUUUAUUUUUGUUUGUUUGUUUGCUUAUUUUCUUGCGGGUUUUUGUUGGGUUUUUUGGUUAGUAAACACCUACCUCAAAAUAAUUUUGUUGGGGUUACAUCUCCAGUUGGUGGCAAUGCUGAUGCCCAGUAGGCUGCCCUCUGCCCUGCCCAGGUGCACACACAUGCUAAUGUUAUCUCUGCUGUGUCUGGCUUGCAAUCCUGGUCAGGGGAGACUCUGAAAUCACUGAGUAUUUUAAUUUGAAAGGGCAGGACCUGUCCCUGAAUUAUUUUUUCACCUCUGAGAAGAGUCCCUAGAGGCAGUUGUUGGGAGGGAGAAUGUCUAUAUCCACAGUUCUCUCCCAUGGUGGAUAAAUUAUUGACAGUGCUGAGAAGUGAAAUCCUUUUCCUGGCAUUGCUCAGAGGCACUAAAUUCAUCUUGAGGCAGAUGGGAUGAGAAGAAGUGGAGAGGAAAAUCACAUCAGCCAAGGAUAAAUCUUUAAUGUUAUCCAUCAUGUGUUAUGUUGGAAAUAAAGUGGUCUGGGAGGCCUGUAUUCCUCAAAAGUUGUCCCUGGGUUAUUCAUCAGCUGGCAUUGAGGUUUUGAUACAGCUUUUUUUUUGCAGAAAUGAUCAUUACGUUGCGUGAAAUGCACAUCUAGCGCAGCUAGUGUGACAUACAGAGCGUGAUACACAAUAUCAUUUGCUCAGUCUUCAGUUUGUUUGGUUAUUCUUCUGAAUGUCAAUAACCUAGUAAAUGUCACAGUCAAAUAAACUGGUUUUGUGCAGCGUGGAGUGUUCAGAUACUCGGCGGUAGCUGCUGUGCUAAUGUGCUGCUCUGAGUGCCCAGCCGUGGAGCCCAGUGAGUGCACAGCCUGUCAGGGAGAGGCUUGCACCUUCCCUUCCAUUACAAGAAGAUUUUGUUUACCACUGGAAAGCAAUCACCCAUUACUACAUAGAGACCUCAGAUGACAAAGCUCCUGUGACUGAUACGAACAUUCCCUCUCACCUGGAACAGAUGUUGGAUAUUCUAGUUCAAGAAGAAAAUGAGAGGGAAUCGGGUGAAACAGGACCAUGCAUGGAAUAUUUGCUACAUCACAAGAUUUUGGAGACACUUUACACACUAGGAAAAGCUGAUUGUCCUCCAGGAAUGAAACAGCAGGUUCUGGCUUUUUAUACAAAACUUCUUGGAAGAAUACGGCAACCUCUUCUUCCCCACAUAAAUGUGCAUAGGCCAGUGCAGAAAUUAAUCAGGCUCUGUGGUGAGGUUCUGGCAACACCAACAGAAAAUGAAGAAAUUCAGUUUCUCUGUAUAGUAUGUGCAAAGCUGAAGCAGGAUCCGUACCUGGUCAACUUUUUCCUUGAGGUCAUUCAGGAUCCUGUUUUGCACCUUUGCAGGAGGCAGAGUAAGUUAAAAGCAAUGGCUCUCCAAGGAUCAGCAAGUGUAAUCACAGAAGACAUGAUAAAAGACCAAGAGUCCGUGGCAGCAGACACGGGGCAGCCUGGCCAGCCUGAGGAGACGCCCGGUGCUGCCGGAGCCGAGCACAUGGAGAAGGAGGAUGAGCUCCCACAGCAGGCAGAGGAGCUCUCUUUCAGUCUGGAUGAACUCAAUGUCACAUCAUCACCUGAGUCCUCCACUGCUUGUCCAAAUCAAGACUAUAAUUUAGUGAAUUCUCUACUAAACCUCACUAAAAGUCCUGACGGCCGGAUAGCAGUGAAGGCCUGUGAAGGUCUGAUGCUUUUGGUGAGUUUGCCAGAACCAGCAGCUGCCAAGUGCCUGACUCAAAGCACUUGUUUAUGUGAAUUGUUGACAGACAGGCUGGCCACCCUCUACAAAGCCUUGCCUCAGUCACUGGAUCCCUUAGACAUUGAAACAGUGGAGGCAAUUAACUGGGGUUUGGAUUCCUACAGCCACAAAGAAGAUGCAUCUGCUUUUCCAGGGAAAAGAGCAUUGAUUUCAUUUCUUUCUUGGUUUGACUACUGUGAUCAACUCAUCAAAGAAGCACAAAAGACGACUGCUGUUGCUAUGGCAAAAGCUGUGCGGGAACGAUUCUUCAUUGAUGUUAUGGAACCUCAGCUGAUGCAAACUUCAGAGAUUGGAAUCCUCACAUCAACUGCACUGUUGCACCGCAUUGUUCGUCAGGUGACUUCGGAUGUGCUGCUGCAGGAGCUGGUGUAUUUUAUCCUUGGAGAGCACAGGGAGCCAGAAACCCUGACAGACAUCAACAGGCACCCAUUGCGGCACAGGCUGAUCGAGCACUGUGAUCACAUUUCUGAUGAGAUCAGCAUAAUGACUUUACGAAUGUUUGAGCACCUUUUGCAAAAACCCAAUGAGCACAUUCUUUAUAAUUUGGUUCUGAGAAAUUUGGAAGAAAGAAACUACAUGGAAUACAAGCCUCCCUGUCAAGAAGAUAAAGAUGUGGUAGAGAAUGGACAAAUUGCUGGAGCAGUAGAUCUGGAGGAAGAUCCAUUAUUUACUGAUCUGUCUCCAGAUAACACAUUGUCAGCUCAGGAGUGGCUCAGUGCUUCUCCACCUGUCAGUCCAGAACAUCCAAAAAAUGAUGGGAAGACUGAAGUUCAUAAAAUUGUAAAUAGUUUUCUCUGUCUUGUACCUGAUGAAGCAAAGUCAUCAUACCAUGUGGAGGGUACAGGUUAUGAUACUUACCUCAGAGAUGCCCACAGACAAUUCCGGGAUUAUUGUGUCAUUUGCUUACGGUGGGAGUGGCCUGGAUCUCCCAGAUCUUUGGAAAAGUGCAAUUUAGAAGCGUCAUUUUUUGAAGGACACUUCUUGAAAGUUCUGUUUGAAAGAAUGGGGAGGAUUCUUGAUCAGCCCUAUGAUGUAAAUUUACAAGUUACGUCAGUGUUGUCCAAACUGUCCCUGUUUCCCCAUCCUCAUAUACACGAAUACCUUUUGGAUCCUUACGUCAACCUCGCCUCUGGCUGCAAGUCUCUCUUCUCUGUGAUUGUCAGGGUGGUCGGGGACCUCAUGGUUAGAAUCCAGCGCAUCCCAGAUUUCACUCCCAAACUUCUGCUGGUCAGAAAACGCCUGCUGGGCUUGGAGCCAGACGGGCCCAUCAUUGACCACAUGACGUUACUAGAGGGCGUGAUUGUGCUGGAAGAGUUCUGCAAGGAGCUGGCGGCGAUCGCCUUUGUCAAGUACCACACCUCAGCCACGCCCUGAGCAGCCCGGCCCAGCCAGCCCCGGAGGGCCGCGGACAACACCCAGAGACGAGCUGGUGCCUCCCGGCAGCGGCAGGGGGUGUUGGGAAGACAAGUUGCUUUCACCAGAUGUUGAGAUUGCAAAUGGACUUGGAAUAUGAGCAAAGGCAUUUGGGGAGAAACCAGUACACAGCAUUUCUAGACCCUGUGAGAAGAGCUGCAAAAGCUGCAUGAAGAACCACAGCCAUCAGACCUUGGUUAUUCUGAUGACAAUGUUUAGAGAGUUUGGGCUCUUGUGUGUUCUGGGGCUCACAUGCACCAAUUUGCUCUUUGUGACCAUAUUACUUUUAAAAAAGCAAAUUAAUUUUAUAACAUUUUUAUGUCUUCAUACCUUUUCUUUUCAGUUAGAUAUAUGAAAGAAAAAUAUACCUAUACUUGCAACGUAUGUUAUUAGAAAUGAAGAAGCUCAAAAAAAUCCACCAAUCCAUAUACAACAGGAGAUGUUAAUGAGGGAUCAUUUUGCUUUUGGUAGAUCUUAAGUACAGCUCUAAGCUUGAUUCCUCUUUGGUUUACUCCAAGAAAUCUAUCAGUCUAAAAUCAAUACUAAAGAAAUUAAUCCUGAUUCGGCAUCACAGCCAUAACAAAUAUAUCUGAAGUGUACAUGUUAGUAGCAUGUUUGUCUCUGUCAUUCCAAGUGAUUGGUCUCCAGGUCAUCCAUGUAACUAGAUUAGCUUUAGCUUUUUACAUGGGAGCUCUAGUUGUUUGACUCAUGUCACCUUUAUAUAAUAGGUUAAUUAUAGGUCAUCAGUAGUUGUUGCUGAAACAGUAUUUUUAAUUUCUUUUAAAUUUGUUUUGGUCUGAAUUGGUUUAAGAAUCCUUUGUGCCUUGAAAAUUGGCAGCAUAAACAUUUUGUUAUUUUGAGAGACGUUUUUAUUGCUUAUCUAACCGUCACAGUGAUGCCAACUCAGUUAAAGCAUUGAUAACUUAUUUAGGACCAAAAUUUGCACUGCUUUUCACAGCGCUGGGAUGCAGGAAUGCCUCUCAGCGACUCCCUUUCCAUGUGAAUGCCAUCAGCCAGGGCAGGCACUGGCAUUGCAAGCAGAGGCCACUUCAGGGUGCUUUGCUUCUGCCCUCCAGAGGCUCCUCACAGCCAGCAGCCUGUCUGGACCUUGCAGUCACACCCAGUGACCUGUCCUGCUCCCCACACUCGUGGGUGGGACCCCUUUCCCCUCCUUUGAACAAGGCCAGGUAGAGCUCAGUUCCUUCUGUUUACGUUGUCUUUCCUGGUUUGUCUUUCCUGCCUCCUGUUGGCACAGCUAAUGCCCAUUUCAGAUGUCAUUGCUCAUAUGCAAACAUGGACUAAUUUACUCAGUCACUAGAAUUGCUCUGGAUUUACAUGACUGUACCUAGAAUCAGAUUCUGCUCUUUAUCUAUGCCUUUGAGGUCUUGUUUUUUAAUAUUUAUGGAAGCUGGAUAUUAAGAGACCUUCUAAGUUAGCAGGUUAAUUAGAGCACUGUCACAGUUAAUGGGCUAAAUUUAUUCUUGUCACCAGUGAAGAGCAUCCUGCUGUAAAAGCUUCCAGGAUCAGCUGGAGAAAGCAGUUCUGGAACUGGGGAAACAUUUUGGUAGGUAAAAUCUGUAUUCAGUGGCUCCCUGUACUGGGACACUUUUGUGAAAACUGUUGCAUUUCUCUGGCAAACAAAAGCAUGCUUUAUUUCUUCACCUGUUUUUUUUUUCUGCAUUUAGCUCCAAAGCGUUUUCAGGUCCAAGUAGUAUAGUAGGACAAAAUUUGAAAAAAUUGCAUUUCAUUUUCUUCUUGAGAAACAUACCUUGAAUAUAGCAAAUCAUUUUUAGUGAUGUGCAUUGCAGACAGUCCACAUUAGGACCUUACUUAAUACAUGACACAUAGUUUAUAACAUGUUGAUCUCUAUGCAGAGCGAUGUUUAAUACAUACAUUUGUUAUUUAGAAGGUCCCAAUUCAGCAAAGUAGUUAAACAUAAACUUAAAGCAUUUUUUCCUUAAAUCACAAUCUUUUACAUGAACAAAGUUAAGUAGUUGAGCAGAAAUGCUGAUGCUUUUCUGAAUUUGGGUCUUUGUUGGUUUUGCUUGAUCUUAAUUACUUUUUCCUCAAAUCAUCUAUUUAUUUUUUUUAAAGUAUGUGAUCCAAAAUACUUGUCCCAGUUUCAGUGGAAACUGGAAGUGAUAAUACUGCUGUAAAGGAAAGUGAGCGAAAUGUUAAACAAAACUUGCAAGAGCAUUCCAAGUAACAUACGAAUUGAUAAAGCCAUUCAAGAGUUGCCUGAUCUCAAAUGAAAGCAUUAACAUCACUUCCUUUGUUUGGCUGUUUUCACUGGUAGCUGAACUCCUUACCCUGAAAGGCUGCAGCCUCUGUGGUGUGCUGAUGCAAAGCACUGCAGAGCUGCAAGCACAGCUCCUAAAGCUUGUCCAUGGCAAAAAUAAGUAGAUAGAACUAUGAUCACUCUUAAAUUCAGGCUAUGAUUGUUCAGUCUCCAGUGACAUUGGUGAUGUUCUCUUUCAAACCACAUGUUAAUUAGUUGAUAAAUUUAUAAGACAUGGAUCCAUCCUCACACAAGUGAAGCCAUCCUUAAAGUUGCUUUAGCCUAAACUGCUUUUGUGCGUGCUGCCUACAAACCCUUAUUACCAUACUGAUGACGAUGACCUUUAUUUUUGUAAAAGUGCUUUAAUCUUUCUUAAGAGAUGGAACUCAUUUAAUUUUUUUUUAUGGUGAUAUUUUUCAUGCACUUUUUUUUUAAUUAUUAGAAGUUAGUUCAGGUCCAUGUUUUCACCUUUUUGAUCUAUGCAUGUCAUGAGGAGCCCAUUUUGUUUCUGUGUGCAUGUGUUUGUAUGUGGUUAUUUAUUACCCAGAGAGGGCCAUCAGAGAAAAUACUUGGCCUAGAGAGUUCAUGGCUUGUGCAGAUCCUCCCGAUGUCAGUGGGAAAGACAAGUGCUCAUCACCUUAGAGAAUGGGGCCACUGGUAUUAGAUUGAAAUACUUGAGAUGGGAUACUAGAAUAAUUUUUUAUUUCUAAAAGCAGAUCCAAACCACAUUCUAAUCCUGAUGCACAUGUGUGUAAAUAGAAGCAUUGUUUUAUUUUUUUUUUCGUUCGUUUAUGGUAUGUAUUUGAUUUAGACUCUGAUUUAGAAACUUUUGUAAUAAGCCAUGUGCUAGCUCUGGUAGAACAAGUUUGUCCUUAGGUUCUCCUAUGACUGUAAUAUUCCUGGUAUUCAGAUUCUGUCUGUGUAAUGUUCUUACUCUAUAUUUGUCUGUGCAAUAUAAAAGCUGUGACUUGAUGCACAGCUUGAGUCUGGUUGUACAUCACCUAUGUAUAUAUAUACAUAUAUAUAUAAAAGGACCAGAAUCCCGAGCUUGCUUACACUAUGAUUAGUGUAAAGAUUGCCACACUUCAUUUUACAGGGCACAAGUAAUCAUGGAAUGGCUUUGUAAAUGCAUGGUAAUUUCUACCAUAACCUGCUGUGCAAUCUCACAGGUGACAUUUUGUUAGUGCUCUUUGUCUUGCUAGAAGAAAUACUAACCUGAAGGACUUGGUGAGAUUAAAGUGUCCUGGAGUAGACCUGGGGCUACAUGGAAAAUCCAUAUCUGAUAUUGCAUAUCAUACAGGGUUUUCAAACCAUGUCCUCAAUGCUUUCUGUGCCCUGUAAAAUAGUGUAAUUAUAUAAAAUAUAUACUCCUUGUUUUGCCUCCUGCCUUGUUUACAUUAAACAGAGGAUAUUCAGUAAAAUUUUUCUAAUAAACUUUGUGUAGGUCACUUACUAACAGUGUUGCCAAGGUUUCACAGAUGUGGGAAUUUCCAAUGAGGAACUGUUGAAACAGCCACAUUACUAGACAUACAAUAUUAAGUUUUAUGAAGGAGGUUGUGAUAAAACUCAACUUUUUGUGCUAAAAAUGCAUGGAGGAUUAAAAGGGAUAUUCUCAAAAUAAAUUAAUUUCAGUGAAGCAA